GUCAUGCUCAUAUGGACCUUCCUAUGUUCCAGUUUGUGCCCAUUGCCCCUUGUUCUGUCACUGGCACUGCUGAAAAUAUCCUGCCACAUUCACUUGAUAUUUAUUGGCACUGAUUUCCCCUUGGUCAGUCCAUGCUGACUGCUUCUAAUAAACUUCUUCUAUUUGCUUAGAGAUCCAGAAUAAACUGCUCCAUUACUUUCUGGGGGAUGCAGGUGAGGAUGACUGGCCCGUAGUGUCCUGAGUUCAUCUUCUCAUCCUUUUUGGAGACUGGAGUUAUAUUGACUUUCCACCAUUUUUCAGGCACCUCUCUUCCAUGAUCUUUCAUGAUAGAAGUAGGUUUUGCAAUCAAAUGCUGUCAGCUCUGUCAGCUCCCUCAGCACUUGAUGAUGCAUCCCAUAAGGGCCCAUGGAUCUGUGUGUGUCAUUUGCCUAAAAGAUCUCUGAUCAGAUCCUCCUCAACCAAAAGGAAGUCUUCCUCUCCCCAGACUAUCUUCAGAACCUGGAAUUCCUCAGAGGAAUUCCUAACAGUAAAGACUGAAGCAAAAAAGAUGUUCAAUAACUCCACCUACUUAGUGUCCUUUGUUUUCAAAGCACCCACCUCAUUCAGCAGAAGGCCUACAUUUUCACUAGCCUCCCUUUUUGCAUCUGCCAUUCUUAAAGAAAUCUUUUUUGUUGCCAUUGACCUCCCUCACCAGAUUUAAUUCCAAGUAGGACUUAGUCUUCCUUGCGUCAUUCUUGCAUGCCUGAAAAUGUUCCUAUAUUCUUUUUUCCAUAAGCUCUUAGACAAUCCAUGUCUCCUGCCAUCUUUGCCUGAUUUCUUGCUCUUAAAGAUGGAUUGAUUUGAGCUAUGGGAGACAGAGGUUAGCUCUGUCCAAGUCUGAAUGCUUUCAAACUCACACAUGCUAUCUUUCAAGACAGCUCCUAAAUCAUUAAGCUUUUUAGAUUUUCCUUCUUUCCCCUGCUUGUACUUUAAUCUUCCUCUUUUGUUAAAGCACUUUUUUUCCCUGCCUGAAGUAUAGAUUGUCAAGCAGCAAAUGGAAGUGGGGGUAUUUCCAGCUUAAUCCAAUGGAUGAGUCACAGAGAGAUAAGAAUUUUGCUGUUCAGAAAGCUAUUUCUGUACUUUAUCCAGUAAAUUUCACUCAAGGUAGCGAAAUGCUCUCUUGGACCAGUCAACAUUGCAUAAUCCCUCUCCAUAGCUCUCUAAUUGAAAGAGUGAGAUCAACAUUUGCAAAUUGAACAUUUGGAACUGAGUGGAGCAAACCAAUCCAGAAUAUUUCCAGUUUGAAAGUAUAUUGCAUUAUGAUACUAAGAUGAUUAAAGAGUUAUAUUUCAGUUAGAAGAUCCAAACAUGGACAGGACUUUGAAAGUCCUUAAGUCCCAUACCUACUAUUGUGCUACUCUUGUAUUUUUAGUUUGAAAAUCAAUGGAGCUUCCAUGUAAGCAUCAUCCUCUCGGAAGACAGAAAGUACAACUGUUUCCAUUAUAUUUACAGUGAGUAAUAACACUGAAUAAAGGAUAUAAUCUGGAAUCUUUUCUGUAGAAUUAUGCAAAAUUGUAUCAUUUUGGUGCUUUGAGGUAAGACUUUUUAGCUCUAUAUCUUUUUUUUUCUUUUUUUUUCUCAUGACAAUAUCUGUUUAGUUCUUUCAGUCUUGGUUGGCAUGUAUUUUCAGGGUCAAAGUAACCUAUAUUUUAAUAUCUUAAUAAAAUGGAAUCCCUAAUGUAACUCUUUUCCAGAAAAAGACAAUUUCAUGUGAGGGAUGAAAUCUUUCAGACUAACCCUCAGGCUGCUUUCCAAACUCCGAUGCUUUCGAUCUCUGUUAUGUGUGACAGUAGUAAAUCUACAAUGAUACUGAGAAUCCAGGAGUCGUGGUUAUCUUUUAUGUGCGGCUAGAAUAGUUUAAGGACACUGAUGCCAUAAUUGUGGUUCUGUGUCCUUUAAUGCAAGUGCAAAUGAACAAUAACUUUAACCAAAUCUGCUCACCAAGACUCAGAGAUGAGAAGAAGUUAAGUGCUCAAUAUUUUAAAAGUAGUAAAACUAUACUGAAAAUAGAUUUUCCUUGCAGAAAAAUAUUGGCUUUAAUGUGACUUAAAUAGUACAAAGUAAAUUGCAUUUGAAAGUGUAUUCUUACUGAACCACUUUUUAAUUCCAUGCUUUUUGUUUUACUUGGAAAUUGUAACUUUUCCACACAUGUUGAUCAGAAUUAAAUAUCCAGGUAAGAAGGAAAGACCAUUUGAUGUGAGCUCAAAUGGAAAAAAAAAAAAAAGGCUAUCUUGGGGUGUUGAGUAUCACUCAUUCUGACAAGACUAUAGAGCUUUAUGGGAAACUGAGAUAAAAAAAAGAAAAUUCUCUUGAUGAAUGUAAUCAUCUAGAAAUAUGCAGUAAUACACUGAUUACUUUACCUUUGCAUACUCUGUAUAUCUUCGUAUGCUUCUCUAAUUAACUUAUCCCUAGACCACCUUGUAAGUGGAGGCACUUGCUUCUAUCUCACCAUGCCCAUCUUCAAGCUUUGCUUCAAGUGAACAAAGAAGUCCUCCCAUGAGGUCCUCUGCCUUUUCAGUAACUUCAACCAAGAUCACUGACGGUGGUGGAAGAAGGAGUGAUCAACACAUGUUACACAUGGGCAUGUGGUCUCCUCUGGGCUUCUUAAGAUGCUGGCAGACUACCAUUUCAGUAGAACUGCUUUAUUCCUCAAAGGAUGUCAAAAUUCUUGGAAGAGUGCACAAGAGUGCAUUCUUUUAAAGCCUGUAUCUCUACUCCUUCAUACUAAGCUGACAAUUGGCAAAGAAGACUUUUAAUGUUAAAAUUUAGCCAUUUAAAUUAAUCUAACUAAAAUAAAUAUUAGCUCUAUAUCUCCUUAUAUGGAUAGCACUGAGUUCAUACGUGGUGGAGAAAUUCACAGUGGGAAAAGAUGAAAAAUGGGCAGGUUAUCUGUGGUGAUCAGUCAUGGCUUCCACCCAGGAUCUGCACAAGAGAGUAACACACUAUUUCUUGAGUAGGAAAAACCAAGUUUCUAUAAGAAGAGGCUGUCUGUUCCUAUAGGAAGGGAUAACACACUGUGCUUCUUUCCUCACGUAGAACUGUAGCCUCCAGCCUAAAACCUCUAAUUCUAUACCCCUAGAAGUCCUAAAAAGUGCUGAAAACAAAAUUCUAGGAGUGGGAUGUGAUGUGUAGAAAUCAAACUCUAUAACCACAGAGUAGUCAAAAUGCAGGUAUGUCUAAUCAGCACUGUGUACAUGCCAGAUGCAAAGGCGGUAUUCCCACCUAGCUUGCAUACCGGAGGGCAAGAAAAGUACAUACUUUAAAAAACAAGCUGCUUACGUAUGCAUUAGAUGUUCAAGAAAAUUAUCACUCAAAAAAAAUUACUCAUUAUUACAAUGAGUACCCAGAAUGAUUGACAUCCCCCCCUACCCCAAGUCUCAGUUCUUUUACACAUGCUAUCUCUCGGUUGUUGUUUGAUGGUCUUUUUGAUGAAGGCCUGGGUCAGGUUGGAGGACACUUGGCUGGCUCUGGUUUGUUGUCUCAUCAGCUGCAACUCUGUUUACCAAUCCACUGCUUCUUUGUUAAUCUGUGGUUUACCAUCCUACUCUGCUGUCUCGCAUUCCAGAGAUGGGAAAGCUAGCAAUGUUAUUUAGAAAAACAGGCACUAAUUGUCUAGGUCUGUAGAAAAGCAUCUGUUACUGGCAGUGAGAAACCAGCUUAGCAAGCUCAAAUCUGUAUCUGUCGAUUCAGCACCUCACGAAUGUGAACUUUUAACCUAACUUACUUUCCUUAAUUCAGAUGUCCUACCAAAGCAGACUUAAUGUGUGGCAUUAUGUGUGGCAUAAUUAUGACAUAAUGUGUGGCUCCUUUCAGGGCCUGCCCCAAACAUGAUUCUAGGUGGCUCUAAAGUGUUCACUAGCUGGGAAAGGACAUGCUACCACCUAGAGAGUUAUGCCACUCUGUAUUGGAUCUUCCACGGCUGCAAAGCUGCACUGCAAGCUUUUGUCUGUACUGAUUUAAUGGGUAGCUCACGACUCCAGUCUGGCUCCAUUGAGAAAUCUCAAUCUGUAUGCAAGAACAUUCUGCUUUGUGUUGUACAAGCAUGUAGAGAUGGGAAUCUAUCUGACACAAGAAUGUAGAGACAGUCAUAAGAGUCUGCUGCUUCUCUCUCCUAGUAUUUAUGACCAGUGCCUUCAACAUGCAUCUCAGGCCCUCAAGAUUUAAUCUACAGUGCAAGGACUCAGAAGAGAAUAGGCUGGAGUAUGAUAUCUCAUGUCAUCUAUUAUUUGAGACGUGCCUGUGACUAGGAUGUGGGGAUGUAUGCAUCCAUUCAACUUGGAGAAGCCUAGCAUGGGUUCAGGCAGUCAGACUCAUCUUGGCUUAUUCAUCUGCACCCAGCCUUGCCAUCACUGCUAUGGGAACAUGACAGUGGAGAGAACAUGAGAGUGGGAGGAGGCUCUCCUCCCCAGAGCCUACUCCCUGCCCCUAUCUCCUCUGUUCAAUCCAUUUUACAGGCAAAGUUAAGGCUGGUGCUUUCUUGGGCUUUAUACGGGCCGCUAUGUCCCUUGAGACAUGACUUUGGACAGGGAUGGGGUGUUCAGUGCCGGGAGCCCUGGGCAGACUACGGAGAGAAGAAUACCCGAGCCCAGAGACCGGUCGGAUUCAGCACCUCGGACAGCGACUAGCACGGCUCUGCCCGCGGGCCGGGCGCUGCCGCGGGAACGGAGCUUCGCAGUCCGCUGCUUACCCUUCUGCUGAGCCCGGACUGUACUACGUCAGGAUAAACCAAUGUUCUUCAGGGGCAAUGAGAUUUACCUUCAACAGCUGAGGCAGUAGAGAACUUUCCAGUGCUGUUUUGGGCCAUUUGAGAAAUGCAGGGUGGUUAUGGUCGCUGCGGGGUAAAAAUCUAGUUGCAGCAUGUCUAUACGCUCUGUCCAAAGAUAAAUUAAUCACUAGGGUGUGAGAUCCAGCCAGGAUCAGAUAAGGGAAACAUCAGAAAUGGCUGCAUCUGCAAAAGAAGGACAGAACUUGGAAUCCAAAAGACACAGGCUUUUGGAUUCCAAGAUGACUUUCAUAGGGGUUCAGUAUGGUGUAACUUGGGAUAGGAAUACACAGGUGCUCAGACUCAGAAACAUAUUUACAGACUUCAAGGGAUGUCAUGCUAUGCAGGAGCAGAACUGAAAUCCCCUUAUGCUUGUCCUACCAGCAGUGAGAAGGAAGUUACCCUGGGUUUUUAAAGAGUUUAUAUUACUGCAAGAAAAAUCCUAACAGAAAUAAGUUGCAACACAGAAGCUGCCUAGAUGCUGCACUCAGUCUUUGCAGGGGUAGAGCAGAACAGGUCAGAGAUUGUAAACAGGAAAAGCUCGAAGGUAGGCAGUGACCUUUUACUGGCUCAGAUCUCCCUGCCUGUCCCACAGUUUCAAGGAGACAUCACUUGGAUUUGGCUAGGAAGUGAGAGAAGAGACUAUUGAUUCUCUGGGAGGAUGAUAGUCCAAACUGAAAGAUGUAAAUGGUACUCAAGCUAAUUGCCUAUCUACAAAGGAGGCCAUCUCUAGGGGGAAUGGCUUGCAGGCACCUUCAAACAGAGUGGGUGGGCCCCACUUUGAAGUUACCCAGAAGAGGGGGGUUACCUUGGGUUCUUGCGCAUAACCUACGUAGGUGGUUUCCCUUGAUGUGUCUGUCAUGGUCAACAUAAGUGACCCUAUAUCUAACCCACCAUCCACACAGACCCACUGUAUCUCCAGUUCCAUCAGAAUCCCUGGCCAUUACUUUGGGAGAAGCACUCACAUCCUCAGUCCAAUUUCCAUUGGACAUCUCACAGCUGCAAUCCACUCCCUUGGCUCCCAAUGAAGAUUUUUUUUCUGAGUGACCUCAGGCCAAACGCAAGAGUCCGGUGAGGAGAAGAUGUGUAGUGCAGAGUCCCUAAACAGGCGAGGUAGUCUUGACUCCAGCAAGGCGGAUGACAGAGACACUCUCAUACUGAACUUCACCCUCUGCACUGUAAAGAAGACUGAGCUCUCUAAGGCAGCUAGAGUCUUUGAGAUGUUUGAAACUGAGAUCCAUCACUUUGAAACCAGGAGAAUCAAAAAGCUCAAGAACUCUGCUGAUCAUCUUGACAUUUUUGUUGAAUGUGAAGUUCACAGAGCUGAUAUUAGUCACCUUAUCACAUCCUUAAAGAGAGUAACAGAGGAUGUGAAAACGGGCAAUGAAGACAAAAUGCCCUGGUUCCCCAGAAAAAUUCAAGAUCUAGACAAAUGUCACCAUCUGAUCACCACAUAUGAACCCAGUUUUGACCAUGGUCACCCUGGAUACACUGACCUGGAGUACAGGAAGAGGAGGGCAUACUUUGCUGACCUUGCCUACAAUUACAGAGUUGGGGACCCUUUGCCUUACAUCGAAUACACAGAGCAGGAGACUGCAACUUGGAGAGAAGUCUACAGGAAGCUGAGAAGCCUCUACCCUACUCAUGCCUGCACACAAUACCUGGAUGCUUUCCAACAGCUGGAGAAACACUGUGGCUACCAAGAAGACAACAUACCUCAACUUCAGGAUGUGUCCAGAUUUUUAAAAGAAACAACAGGUUUCCAGCUGAUACCAGCAGCAGGACUGUUGUCUGCUCGUGACUUCCUUGCCAGCCUCGCAUUUCGUGUCUUUCAGUGCACACAGUAUAUAAGGCAUUUCUCUUCACCUACACAUUCACCAGAACCAGAUUGCUGCCAUGAACUGCUGGGUCAUGUUCCCAUGCUAGCCAACAAGGAGUUUGCCCAGUUCUCCCAGGAUAUUGGACUGGCUUCUCUUGGAUCAUCUGAAGCAGAGAUUGAGAAACUGUCCACACUUUAUUGGUUUACUGUGGAGUUUGGUCUCUGCAAGCAAAAUGGAUCCACCAAAGCUUACGGGGCAGGACUGCUUUCAUCUUAUGGGGAACUUAUGUAUGCUUUAUCAAAUGAGCCAGAGUACAAGUCCUUUGAUCCAGAAGUGACUGCAGUUCACCCCUAUCAGGAUCAAGCCUUCCAGCCUGUCUAUUUCAUAGCAGAAAAUUUUGAAGAUGCCAAGGCCAAACUGCAAAACUAUGCAAUGAAGAUCAAGAAGCCUUUUUCUCUGUGCUACGACCCAUUCACCAGCAGUAUAGAGGUUCUGGAUACACCACAGAAAGUCAAGAGGGAAGUCAGUCGACUGAAAGAGGACCUGAAAAACCUCUGCCUGUCCCUUGAAAACCUCUCCUAAAACUGCAGCAGUACUUCUCGCCUGGCACUGAUACAUAUGUAGGCAGUUCCAGCAUUUGAAAAUUUAGUGAAGUUGUAGCUGCAUGCUAAAAUCUUCAUCCCACAAACAGCUCUGUCAAGCAAAUCUUUUCACUGUAAUUCAGGCUGCUGACUUAGCCACAUUAAUGAGUUCCUAUUGAAUAUGCUUCAGUGGCAAACAACACCAAAUUACUCCAAUUUCUGGUAGGUGAUAUGAGCUGCAGCUGUUUGUUGUGUAUUUAUCUCUUAUUUUAAAUGUAACUUUUUAAUUCACCUUUUGAAGUUAUUUGUCACCUUCUGAAGUUAUCUACCAUGAAGUAGCACAGUAACUCUUCAGUCACGAAGUCUCGCUUAAAUGACAUGAUCACAAUCUUUUGGGCUGGCUACCUGCCUGCAGUCCUUGCAGCUAACUCAUUUCUCCUAGUAAUUAUGAUCAGCUAUUGUGCUAAUAAACUAUGAGUGGUUCUCUUACAAUGUACAAGUACAAGAGUUUAUAAGACAGACCUUUUAUUUCUUCUUGCCAUUUAUUUUUUCAGCAGUCAUCUUACUUAGUUCAAAUGUGGCUAAAUAAUUUUCUGUCAUAUUUAACAUCACAGAAUAUGUGUCCAUUGACUAAAAAAAGAUAGAAAAGAUAGAAACUAUGAGGACUGUGAUACUCUCUCUGGCUCUAUAACAUACCUGUUUGAUUUGAAAAAGAAAUUAAGAUUCCAGGGAAUAAAAAGAUGGAUGUGGAGAAAAACCUUCAAAGAAGCCUACAAGAAAAAAUGUCUCACUAAUUUUUCAUGGGAUUCAAACAGUCCUGGACACCUUAAAACAUCUUUGUGGGGUUUUCUUUGUUGUUGUUGUUUUUUGUUUGUUUGUUUGUUUGUUUUUGGCAUUACAAUGAUUGCAGUAAUAAUCAAAAUUACAAAGGUGCUAAACAUCAAUACAUUCUAAGAUCAAAUACCAGAAGCAAUAUAGCUUUUAUAUGGAUACAACUUCAGGUAUGUGCUGCAACUCAUCUUGCCUCCCACUCUGAUCUCUUUCUCAGAUGUGCCUGAAAUUUAUUUACACUCUGUGAGUCACAGUUCACAGAAACAAUCCUUUAAUUGUCCUUUCAUUUCCAUCUUCCACUGUUCACAAAUAGCAACUAAUUUAGGAAAAGAAGAGUAGGCUCAUGCCUGGGAAGAUUCCCUCUUUGCUUAGCACUAAUGUCGAAACAGGUUACAGGUGAUGGCAUAAACAGGAGCUAUAUGGAUCUCAUGACUGAACCUGGGUGACAGUAUUCCAUAGACGUCAAUGUAGAUUUAUCCUGUGCAGCUAAGAAACUUUGCUUGUAUUUUCAAAAGUGUAUUUAAAUUAAGGGAGAUAGCAAGCUUACAGUUUGCUCGCUGCUAUCCACUAACUGACAGCAUACAUGACCUGAACUCUGAUGUAAAUGUGAGGUGGUUUGGCUCUUGGAAAAGGAGUCAUCAACUCUGCCUUAACUGGUCACCAUGGAAUAAAAGCAUGUACACAGAAAGUUACAGCAGAGCAAUUCACAUGCUGUUAUUUCAUACAGAGCUUAUCUCACUGUAAUUUGUCAAUGUGCCAGGCUCUACAGAAACUCUCUUGUUGGGACUGGGUUAAUGGGAUUUUGUCACUUAAAUCUUCAUGUCCAUAAGCACUUCAGAAAAUUCUUUCAUGGACACUCGCAGAGAAUUCAAGAUCUGUGAGGAUGCUGUAGUGGCUCCAUUUUCUUAAAAUGUGGCGAUACCUAACAAAUUUGGAAAUGUCUUGGCAAAAUGGCUAUGGUCUCCUUCUUCUAAACAGCAGGAACAUUUCAAGUUCUUUCUUUUUCAUU